AAGAGGAGAGGAGCGGAGAGGAGCCCAGAUGCCUGAGGUGCCUCGUGGUGGUGGGGGCCCGCGCCGGCGAAAGGGCCCAGGUGGGAGCGGGAAGCGGGAGACCAUGUCCAAGGGCUGGAGCCUCCGGGGUCUCCUCCCGGGAGGAAGGAAACACUGCACCGCUCAAGGCCCGAGUGGGAAGAAGUUCCGAAGCAAGCCUCAGCUAGCCCGCUACCUAGGGAGCUCCAUGGAUCUGAGCACUUUUGAUUUUCGCACAGGGAAAAUGCUGAUGAGUAAAAUGAACAAGAACAGGCAGAGGAUGCGCUACGACUGUUCGAGCCAAGCCAAAGGAAAACCUGAUUUAAAUACUGCACUCCCUGUCAGACAGACAGCUUCCAUCUUUAAACAGCCAGUCACCAAGAUUACUAAUCAUCCUAGCAAUAAAGUGAAGAGUGAUCCACAAAAAGCCGUGGAUCAGCCUCGCCAGCUCUUUUGGGAGAAGAAACUAAGUGGACUGAAUGCCUUCGACAUUGCAGAAGAGCUUGUGAAAACAAUGGAUCUUCCAAAGGGCUUGCAAGGGGUUGGCCCGGGUUGCACAGAUGAAACCCUCCUUUCUGCCAUUGCUAGUGCUUUACACACAAGCACUAUGCCCAUCACCGGACAACUUUCUGCAGCUGUGGAAAAGAACCCUGGUGUGUGGCUCAACACGUCACAGCCUCUCUGUAAAGCCUUUAUGGUGACAGACGAAGACAUCAGGGGAUUCCAUCCAAAAAUUCCCCGUGAAACAGAUCAGCAGGGCCAGCACAACCAUUUACAAAGCCAAGAGGGUCUGAGGACUAAAUUGCACCAACCAUACUUGUGAACGAGCUCAGUGAUCACUAGAGGAAAAAGUUGGGAGCCUUAGACUUUACAAAGACAGUUUCUGCCCCCCUCUCCCCCCCACCUUCCCCACCCCCCUCCUCGUCCCCCCCCACCUUUUUUUCCUGCCCUACUUUAAGGUGGGGAGGGACUGAGAGGCUUUAUAUUAGAAACACAAAUCCCCAUUUUACUAAUGGGUCAUUGGUACAGUAUGGUGAAACUUUCCCAGGCCUUCCUUUCAAGUACCUUGAAACCUUCCUUGACCUAGACUCAACAUUUCUUUCCCUCUUUGUUCUGGGUCUCCUUGGCAUCUCUGCUGUAGCCUGCUUGUCAAUACCCAACUCUAGGAGACCAUUUUGUGUUUUGGAGUGUGGUUUCAUGUGUGAAUUCAAGUCACUGAACUUCAUGUCCAAUCCGAUCUUGGGAAGAAACAAAAAUGGAAUUGGUGCUCUCUUCCUUCUGUCCAGCUGGCUUCCUCUAAUGCCAGAUCCUUUGCAAAGUGCUCAGAGGGCCAAGACUGGGAUGAAGAGGGAAGAUUUGUAGGAAUCUAUCUCACCUGUCAUACCGACUUGCUCUCACAAAUCUCAGUGUCACAUUGCACUCGAUAACUGCAUUUGGGGGAGUUAAAAGCUGCCGGAGGGGAAGAUGGAAUAGUGACCCCUUCAGGAGUUUGGGGGGCUCCGGCCACGGGGUUGUCGUGGGGAGUGAUGUGCAGAAUUUUGUGUCAAUGUGUCUUAAGUAAAAUGGAAGACGUAUUUUCUCAGACAAAACAGGAGGUCCAUUUGAAUAAGAAAGGGAAACUUUAUUCUGGUGCCAGGAUCCCAACCCCUGCUGAGAGGGGUAAGAGGGUAUUUCAGCGGUGUGCCCACCUACACAGUAUGUGAAAACUGUGAUAUUCUGACCCCAUUUUUUUAAGAAACCUAGAAGUUGACUUUUCUUUAAUAAAUUGAGAACGAAAGCUGAA